GUUGAAUCUGUAACGAUAGAACAAAGUAUAACGACGAUGUUUCAGAGCUCAAAUCAUAAGUUGUGGAAUCUGAGUCCACACUCACAGAAAAGACCACUUUUCAUCUCUAAAUCCCAAGCUCAUCAUCAUCAAAAUAAUGAGCUGAAGCUCAAUCCCAAUCUCAUGGUCUCACCCAAACAACUCAUUCGCAAAUUUAAAAUGGAACUCAAGCCACCCAAGAAGGAAUAUGCUCAUUACGACCACACUGACCCCUGCAGAUUUUUGCGAUGGAAUGCUAGGGAAAGCCAUGAGUUCAUGUACAAUCGACCAUGGAACCAAGUUCUUGAUUUUUAUUCCCAACUUGUCAAUGGAACUGUGUCUUUAUCAGUAUUGUUUGGGACACAAAAAUGUGAUGUUGUUGAUGAUGGCAUUGAUGCUGAGAUUCCUGAUUUUUCGAAUAAAACCGAAUUAGAACGUGUUUUGCUUGCUAAAAAGUCUAGUAGGUGGGCAAGAGUAACAUUCAAAGUUGAUGUUGCUUAUCAUGGUGCUUCAUUUGAUGGGUGGCAAAAGCAACCAGGAUUAAACACAGUUCAGGGUUUGGUAGAAAAAUCUAUUGGAAAUUUUAUCGAUGAGGAUAAAGCGCAGCUGCUCAGAGACAAAUCUUUACCAGUAGAAGGCUGUGUCACUGUUGCCGGACGCACUGACAAAGGAGUCACAGCCCUUCAACAAGUUUGUUCUUUUUAUACUUGGAGAAAGGAUAAUAAAUGUAAAGAUAUUGAAGACGCAAUCAAUAGUAUGGCACCAGGAAAACUCAAAGUCAAAUCUGUUUCUGAGGUAUCUCGUGCCUUCCAUCCAAAUUUCUCUGCCAAAUGGAGGCGGUACCUAUAUAUUUUCCCCUUAAGCAAUGAGGACGAGAGUCAAUUAAGUAACGGGAAUGGAGAGAUCGUCGAAGAUCAUGGAAGCAAUGAAAAUUGCAGCGACGGGGCAGGUAAUGAUGAGAAGGAAGAGUUAGAAAGUGGGAAGAAACCACAGACGUUUAGUGUGAACCGGGUGAACCAGCUUUUACAGCAACUAGAAGGAAAGUUACUAUCAUAUAGGAUGUUUGCCCGUGAUACAAAAGCUUCUCGAAAUGAAGGUCCACCGACGGAGUGUUUUCUCUACCAUGCUAGAGCCACCGAAACCAGAUUGCCAUCUUCAGAUUGCACAGAAGGAACAAGAGUUAUGUGUAUCGAAUUGGUAGCUAAUCGGUUCUUAAGGAAGUGUUGUUUAACAGAUGGUUCGGGUUCUUGUGGCAACGUCGAUAAGAGAAGCUGCAGCAGGCGCAGAAGAAGACGCGUUGAUAAAGCUUAUGGAUGCCACAUGCAGACGCGCCACUGCUCCUCCAGCACCCCCUGAUGGCUUGAGUCUUGUGGAUGUAGGGUAUACCGAGUUCGAUUCUCGAAUUUGUCUUGUUCAGGAAAGAAAAAAAAUGAGUGAAUUAGUUUAGUGAGUGAGAUUGUUCCCACAAAUCCAUUGUUUCACUUUCAGGAAUGUAAAAAUCUUGCAAUUUUACACAGUACUUAACAUUGUUGUAUUUAUUUAUUUAUUUUUUUA